GAUUCUUGUGAAUCCAUAUUACGUAAUAAAACAAAUAUUAAAUCGGUUUUAGAAAAAGAAUCUCAGAUUUUUAAUCGUUCAAAUGCUGUAAAAAACUUAAUUAAUGAUCGUCAAUUUUGGAUUGAUGUUGAGCAAUUACAAAAUAUUCUUGGUCUAGUAAAAUAUGCUGUAAAAAGCUUGGAGUUUCGAACUACCUUGUUUGCGGAUAUAUUUGUUCAACUAGUUAAAAUAGCAAUUGCUAUUCAAGAAAUUUCAGUCUUAUAUAAUAACCAAUUUCAGCGUGAUUCUUAUCGUGAUGAUUUUUUUGAGCCCGGUAUAUAUAAAAAUUAUGUUCUUAAAAAAGCGCUAGAAAUAUGGAAACAAUUGGAUGGUAGUUGA